AUGUUGAUUCCCAGUACAAAGGACGUGGUUAGUGAUCACCAGGAUUCACAAAUCAAACGUCACGGUAAACGACAGCACGAAAUCCAACAGGGAGACACAGUGGCCGUGCGUGAUUAUCGGACGAGUGAAAACAAGUGGUCGAUAGGGACUGUUACGAAAAAUGUGGGAAAACAAGCGUUUGAGGUGGAUACUGAGGCGGGCACUUGGAAGCGACACAUAGAUCAGACCAUUAAAAUACCAAAUAGGGACUCAGGAGUGUUGGAAGCCGAAUGUAGCGUGAACCCACCCGACCCAAGGGGGAAAAUAGUUCCAGAGGGGACCGGGAAGGAUACAGACGGGCCAGACAGGGAACCCGAGACAAUCUCAACCGGACGUUCUCGCCCGACUAGAAUGAAAAGAUCGCCCGACCGCUAUACAACAGUAGAUUUUAGGAAAUAA